AUGCCACCUCCCGAACCUGUUAUCACCAGCAGUCAUGCUCGAGACAGCGGUCCAGUAGUUUCACCUCUCAAAACUGCAGUACCAUCCCACAAAUCCAGUCCCCCGGAAUCACGGCCUUCUACCGGAGAGAGCGGUUUCAACUUUGACGCAUCACCGUCACCACCAGAAGAUUCCGGACCUAUACGCAGCGAUGGCGCCCCGAGUACGACCAGCAGCGGCCGCUUCUUUCGCGAGAAUUUCAAAAUGGGGUCCGGUGAAGGCAAACGCUCACAUUCAGCUAGUCCCUUUCGCAUAUCGAUGCCUUUUAUCACGCCGGGACAGCUCGCAUUUUCCGCCAUGCAGUAUUUGCCAGUUCCGAUACUGGUUUUGAAUAAUCUCAAGACUGUGGUUCUCGCCAACGAAGCUAUGGGGAGGAUGCUUGGAAUGACAAACGAUUCGGCCGAAGACAACUCAUACAUUGCCGAGAGGUUGAGAGGGCAGUCCUUAUCACAGGUUGGUAUCGAUAUGAUCCAGGAAGGUCGUCCAGUUUGGGUGGGAUGGGAGGCGUUUCUGGAUUCCCUCGUUCUCGAAAUGGGCGCAAAUCAGACAUCAAAAGACGCCGCGGAUAUGUUCGGCCAAGGUCAGGGUGGCGAGGCGACGCCGACCCCGGAUUCGCUCGCCCCGCCAUUACCGGACCAUCCAACGGGCCCAUGCUUGGUUAAAGAUGCUGUGGUGGAUGUCAUUAUCUCCCGCAAGGAGUUGGGGAAGCCGGGAUUCGAUCCCCGGGCCAAGGGCUGGGGAUCGGAUCACCAAGUUUACGCCAAAAUGAUUGUUACAAUAUGGGAGAUUGAGGAUCACCAAGUCUACUUCACCCUGACUUUCACCAGUACAAAUUCUCCACCAUCUCAGCCAACACUGGGCCGCAAAGCGGUCGCGCGACCCAAUAUGCUGGAGCAAGCAGACCGCAAGACGAUAUCCAACUCGAACCCACCCUCCGUCAGUUCCAGCCACGACUCGAGCUCACCAUCUUUCCGCGUUAGCCCGAGCGCUGUGUCGCUCUCAUCGAGUCCGUUCCCGCCGAUGGGUCCGCCUUCCACUGCCGUCCAUGCGAGCUCGCCCUCGAUUCUGCAGAAGAUGAUUCUUAUGAAAGACGCCUUGCUCGACAAUACGGAAAUGCCCAUCCUUGCGAUGUGGAAGGAUGGCAGCGUGACAUUCCCGAAUCGCGCCGCUCGAAUACUAUUACGGCAAGAAAGCGACCUGGAAAAAUCAUCAGACGGGUUCGAUUUGCUACCGGGUUGGACAGUUUGGGACCAGGACUUUGAGAGAGAGUUGGAUGUGAGCGAGUAUCCCAUUUCGGUACUGCUCAGAACAGAGACGCCUUUCACCAACAUGCGCGUUGGUAUGAUUGACCAUAUGAAUAACAAGAUUGUCUACGACGCACUCGGGGAGGCCAUCCGAGAUGACAGCACCCGAGAAUUCCUGGCCGGCGUCGUCACCUUUAGAGAUAUCACCAAGAUGAAGGAAGAAAUCGUCGAGAUCAAGGAGAGAGACGAGGAACGCUUCAAGCUGAUAUGCGAUACCAUGCCCCAGCUUGUCUGGACGACUAAACCAGAUGGUUAUCACGACUUUUUCAACACUAGGUGGUACUCAUACACGGGCCUCACUCCCGAGGAGUCAAUGGGCUUGGGAUGGAAGCAUCCAUUUCACCCGGACGAUAUACCGGAAAGUGCUAGGCGAUGGAAGCAUUCUUUGGAAACCGGCAACCCUUACGUGACGGAGUACCGAUGCCGCAGCAAGACCGGCGAAUGGAGGUGGAUGUUGGGCAGAGCUAUACCACAGAGAAACAAAGAGACAGGCGAGAUAGAAAAGUGGUUUGGAACUUGCACCGACGUCAACGAAAGCAUCGAGGCCAAACUCGCUGCUAGGAGUACCCGACAGCAGCUACUGAGCGUUCUUACGCAUUCUCAGGUCACCAUCUUUACUGUCGACACUAACCUGAAACUCACCAUGUUGGAAGGUGCGUUGAUGUGGGACAGCAAUGGCGAUGACAGCGCCGCAAACCAAUCGACUUGGUUCCUCGGCCAAAACAUGUACGAGGUCUUCAACCGACUCAACCCCCAGCUCAAGACUGGGGAACGCCCCAAAUUCCUCCGCCCCGUCGAAGAUAUCUUGGCUGGCGGAAAGACGGAAGAGGUGGCGGAGCACGGCAUGGAUGGACACUGGUACCGGACGAGAUUCUUGCCUAUUCUCGGCAAAAAGACAAAGGAUGCUAUCGUGAGCAACGAGACACGCAUCGAAGGCGUCAUCGGAGUCAUCAUGGACGUGAGUGAGCUCAAGGAAAAGGCUGAAGAUUUGGAAGAGGAAUCUCGUGAGAAGAAACAGGCGAUGGCGAACGAGGCGGCCGCAAAGGAAGCAAACAGGCUCAAGAGCCAGUUCCUCGCCAACAUCCGAACUCCCAUUACUGGCGUCAUCGGAAUGGCCGAGUUGUUGAGGGAUAUGGAACUUGACGGCGAACAGACCGAAUACGUCGAAAAUAUCCAGAGGUCGGCAAAUGCUCUCUUGACGGUCAUCAACGAUAUCCUCGAUUUCUCAAAGGUCGAAUCCGGACGUCUCGAUAUCGAAGAAGUCCAGUUUUCCCUCUCAGUCAUUGUUACGGAUGUCAGUAAGAUGCUGAGUUUUGCUGCAGAGCGAAAGAAUCUGGACUUCCGAUCCGACAUAUCGAAAGAAAUCGAGAGGGACCUGGUUGUCAUUGGUGACCCCGGUCGUGUACGCCAGAUCAUUACGAAUCUUUUGACCAACAGCAUCAAAUUCACCAACCAAGGUUACGUCAAGUUUUCGGUGCAGAAGGAGAAGGAGACGUCGGACAGCAUUGUCGUCAAAUUCAUCGUUGAGGACAGCGGUAUCGGAAUUGAGGAGGAGGUGCGGAAGAAGCUAUUCCAGCCUUUCAGCCAGGGGGAUGCCUCGACAGCGAGAAAGUUUGGUGGCACGGGUUUGGGCCUGACGAUCUGCAAGAACCUUCUCGAGUUGAUGCAUGGAGAAAUGACGCUAGAAUCCGCCCUGGGCAACGGAACAGUGGCAACAUUCUGGGUUCCCUUCAGCAAGCCCCAAAACCAAAGGGCACCGCUUGUCGAGAUUGGUUCUCUUCCGGACAGGCUGCAGUCUGAAAUGAGCGUCUCUUGCCACAGUUCCGAGUUUGAACAGCUUCUGAACACGCCGCCCGCCUCUGGAGAGUCCUCGCAAUUCCUAACCGACAAACACAAAUCCCCAUCACGACGACUCUCGGUACGGACACCGCCGGCUUCGGACGAGGAGUUGUUGCCACAUGCUGAACGUGCCAAAAUCCGCGUCCUUGUCGUCGAGGACAAUGCGAUUAACCAGCAAAUUGCAACCAAGACGAUUAUGAAACUUGGCUUUACGGUGACAGCAGCAUGGAACGGAAAAGACGCCCUCGAAUACAUGGCGGCAGCCCAACAAGGCAAGCACAGCAAGCCGGAUAUCAUACUGAUGGACGUCCAAAUGCCAGUCAUUGAUGGCUACAAGUGUACGCAUCUCCUGCGCCACCACCUACCGUACAAGGCCUACGUACAAGAUGUACCAAUUGUGGCGAUGACGGCAUCAGCGAUUCAAGGCGACAAGGAGAAGUGCACCCGAGCAGGAAUGGACGAUUAUCUCGCCAAGCCAGUCAAGAGCAAGACGCUGGAAAGGAUGCUUGUCCGAUGGAGCUUGAUGAAGAGGUCGCAACAAACAACAUAUAGGGAAUCAGAUGGGUCCAUGUCUGAUUGCUCAGACACCGCUGCGCACUGCAGCAACGCCGACAUUCCUGGCGUAGCACAUGACCACCCAGAUCCUACGCCUCCCGACUCAACAGAAGCCGUGGCGCCUUCGAGCCGCAAACGAGAGCAAAGCCAGGAGACGGAUCGUGAAAGUCGGGGCGAUCCGGUGACACCCAGGCCUCUUACCAGGAACAACUCGUAUGAGCCGUCACCAUUCGACUCCCCAAACGUGGCGGAAUCCAUCAAGCCAAUAAGGCGCUCCGAGACUGAUGAGCUUGCUUUGCAAGCACAGCAAGGCAAGCUUAUGGAGGCCGCCGGCGGAAAGAAGCUUCCGCGACGGGGAGAAUCCUUCCAGACGGUGGUGGCCGGGGAUUCCUUGACGGAGGAAAACGUGGAAAAGUUGGAAAAGGAGGAACACAAGCGGAGGUCAUAG